AUCUUGAUCUCUCGAUUUGUGUCCGCUGCCUGAUCCGUUUUUUGCAAAAUCCACCCAAAAUAUCGACGAAAUUAUCCGAUUGCCCAACGUUUGACCCCCCACCAACCCCAUUCAGUGAAUCGCGUGCGCGUGUGCAUAUAUAUAUAUACAUAUAUAUUUUGUGUAUAAUAUAAUAAUAUGGUUUCCAGCAACAACGUUGGCCCUGCAAAUGUCUUGUCUGAUCUUCUCGGACUGACUGCCUUCCUUCCUUCCUCGGUACCGCUGAUUUCCCGUUAGAAAGGUAAAGGUUUGGAGUCUGGACCGCCCAGUCAGUAAAGGGGUAGAGAAUGACGGCCAUGGCUCCUCACGGCGACAGAUCGGACGCUGCGGAGGAAGCCACUGCUGCCCAGCUCGAGAAACGGCCAAUUUCCACUGUCGUCAUCAUCAUCGCUAUGCAGACGGAAGCUCUUCCGCUCGUGGACAGGUUUCAGCUCAUUGAGGACCGUGACUCCCUGUUUCCGAAGGGCGUCCCUUGGGUUCGGUAUCAUGGUAUUUACAAAGACUUGAAUAUCAACUUGAUCUGGCCUGGAAAGGAUCCAACUUUGGGGGUUGAUAGCGUGGGCACCAUAUCCGCAUCUCUUGUUGCCUAUGCCUCUAUUAGUGCAUUGCAGCCUGACCUAAUCAUAAAUGCUGGCACGGCUGGUGGCUUCAAGGCCAAAGGGGCUAGCAUCAGUGAUGUUUUCCUUGCAUCUGAGGUUGCUUUCCACGACAGAAGAAUACCUAUCCCGGUCUUCGAUCUGUAUGGAGUUGGGUUACGACAGGCCUUCCCAACACCAAAUCUCUUGAAGGAGCUCAACCUAAAGGCUGGGAAACUGUCCACUGGUGACUCUCUCGAUAUGUCACCACAAGAUGAAGCGUCAAUUGUUGCAAAUGAUGCCACAGUAAAGGAUAUGGAGGGCGCAGCUGUUGCUUAUGUAGCAGACAUGUUGAAGGUUCCUGCGAUAUUCGUGAAAGCAGUAACAGACAUAGUGGAUGGGGAAAAACCAACGGCUGAGGAAUUCUUGCAGAAUCUGGCUGCAGUAACUGCUGCCCUCGGCGAGUCAGUCACCCAAGUCAUCGACUUCAUAAGCGGGAAGUGCCUAUCCGAGCUCUAGAAAAGCCAAUGGCGCAUACACUGUUGGGUUGGAUUCUGAGGAAGCGAAUGGGAACUUCGAGCUUGAUCGCAUCUCCACUUCCAUAGGACCGCAAGCUGCGACUUGAUUUGAGGAGCUCGUGAUUAAUUAUUUUGAGUACUAAAGUUUGCUCAUCAACGGCUUAUAAUGUAUGAUUUCAUCGACAGCUUUUAGAUUGGAAUCGAUCACCUAAUGCACGUAUUCCACAUAAUUUGAACAAUGAUUGGAUGAAUCAUCUCCUCGAAAUCGCGUACUGUACUUCUGUUGAUAUCUUAUCAUUAUCAGCUACGUGCAAGUUUUCAUCC